UUUCUCUCCACUUGCACUCGGUUUCUAGAGCUUUUUUGCACAGCCUCUUCAUUUUCGCAUCCCGCUCUUCUUCUGGUCGCCUCAUCCCUCCGGUAUCCACGACAUCCGAGUAUUCUUCAUGUCUGGUUCCAACAGGAGACAGUCUAAGCGGCUUAGGGGCAUUUCUUCUGCUUUCACUACCGAAGAUUGGAAAUUGGAAGAUGGAUAUUGAAGAAAGGCAAGCGAAGCAUAUAGAGUACUUCGUGGAGCAAUUGUCAGCCCUCAAAGGUUCUGCCUUAGCCACAGUCGUCACGGAUGCCACUUCUCAUCCCUCUCUUUUCACUUUCUCCGAGAUUCUCUCCGUUUUCAACGUUCUAGAGCUCGAAGGAGCUGAGAAUUCUAUUUACCUCGACUUGCUUCGGUUGUUUGCUCAUGGAACAUGGACUGAGUAUAAAAGGUCCUUUGAGAAUUACUUAUGCAAAUUCCAAUGGAGACAUCCCUACUUUGGAAUUGAACCAGUAUGCGUGGACCAAGGUUUUGAAACAUUGCCAUUUGUAACAUUACUCCUAAUUUCAUUUUUCUAUUUAUUCUUGGGCAAUAGAAUGGUUUGUGUUCACUUCUGACAGUAACAAAAUCCUUCACAAAUUCACUAGGUGGCAACAUUGUAUUUUUAGAGUUGAACCAGUAUGUGAUGUGAAGCUUGCUAUUGUAAAAUUAAAUUAAUAACUUGAGCUCAGGCUAUGCAUAUGUUCUGAGCUUUCCCUUUUUCCAUUUGUCACACCAUUUAAGUUUUAUGCUCAAGACUUGUCAUUCUUGAGCUUUAGCUUUCAGUGGACACCCGACAUAUAAAACUGAAUUCAUAAGUUAAAUUGUUAACAUAUUGUCUCUCUUAUGGUUUAUUGCAAUGGAUACCUUGUAUCAUGGUUUACUGA